CAGCGCGGGCAGGGGAGCCGCUGGUCCUGGAGUCCUAGCAGCUUGCUCUCUCUCAUCGUUUCUCUCUCCAGUAACCCAGCCUCACCAUGGUGGACGCCUUCCUGGGUACCUGGAAGCUAGUGGACAGCCAGAAUUUCGAUGAAUACAUGAAGUGUCUUGGUGUGGGUUUUGCUACCAGGCAGGUGGCUGUCAUGACCAAGCCUACCACAAUCAUUGAAAAAAAUGGGGACACUAUUACCAUAAAGACACAGAGCACCUUCAAGAGCACGGAAAUCAGCUUCGAGCUAGGGGUGGAGUUUGAUGAGACAACGGCAGAUGACAGGAAAGUCAAGUCCAUUGUGACACUUGAUGGAGGCAAACUUGUCCAUGUGCAGAAGUGGGACGGGAAAGAGACGACACUUGUGCGAGAGCUAAAGGAUGGGAAACUCAUCCUGACACUCACCUUUGGCAGUGUAGUUAGCAUUCGCACUUAUGAGAGAGGGGCAUGAACGUACCCACUCCAUCACUGACUGUUCCUCUGCCAACAGGCCACCACUGGACUCAGCACCAGAAUGCCUCAUCUUUUCCUCUAACAUUUUGUAUAAGUCCACUUUGGUUGGUGAAUUCUCUUGGAUCAGGGGGCACCAGCCUGGAUUCAGUUCCAGUUCCCAUUGUGUGUGUAUGUUUUUUUAACUGCAUCUAAAGGGUGCUCUGAGGUCAAUAAAGCAAAGCCUGAGGCCACACAUUUG